GCUGAUUGGCUGAGCCUGAAGUCGCCGCGGCCGCGGGGCAACAGGCACUUUUGCCUGCUGAAGGCUUCCUGCAGUGUUGCGCACCGCCAACCGAACGCCAUGGCUGACAGCCGGGAUCCCGCCAGCGACCAGAUGAAGCACUGGAAGGAGCAGCGGGCCGCGCAGAAAGCUGAUGUCCUGACCACUGGAGCUGGUAACCCAGUAGGAGACAAACUUAAUGUGAUUACAGUGGGGCCCCGUGGGCCCCUUCUUGUUCAGGAUGUGGUUUUCACUGAUGAAAUGGCUCACUUUGACCGAGAGAGAAUUCCCGAGCGAGUCGUGCAUGCUAAAGGAGCAGGGGCCUUUGGCUACUUUGAGGUCACACAUGACAUUACCAAAUAUUCCAAGGCAAAGGUAUUUGAGCAUAUUGGAAAGAGGACUCCCAUCGCAGUUCGGUUCUCCACUGUUGCUGGAGAAUCGGGUUCAGCUGACACAAUUCGGGACCCUCGUGGGUUUGCAGUGAAAUUUUACACAGAAGAUGGUAACUGGGAUCUUGUUGGAAAUAACACCCCCAUUUUCUUCAUCAGGGAUCCCAUAUUGUUUCCAUCUUUUAUCCACAGCCAAAAGAGAAACCCUCAGACGCAUCUGAAGGAUCCGGAUAUGGUCUGGGACUUCUGGAGCCUACGUCCUGAGUCUCUGCAUCAGGUUUCUUUCUUGUUCAGUGAUCGGGGGAUUCCAGAUGGCCAUCGCCACAUGAAUGGAUAUGGAUCACAUACUUUCAAGCUGGUUAAUGCAGAAGGAAAGGCGGUUUAUUGCAAAUUCCAUUAUAAGACUGACCAGGGCAUCAAAAACCUUUCUGUUGAAGAUGCGGCGAGACUUUCCCAGGAAGAUCCUGACUAUGGCAUCCGGGAUCUUUUUAACGCCAUUGCCACAGGAAACUACCCCUCCUGGACUUUUUACAUCCAGGUCAUGACAUUUAAUCAGGCAGAAACUUUUCCAUUUAAUCCAUUUGAUCUCACCAAGGUUUGGCCUCACAAGGACUACCCUCUCAUCCCAGUUGGUAAACUGGUCUUAAACCGGAAUCCAGUUAAUUACUUUGCUGAGGUUGAACAGAUAGCCUUCGACCCAAGCAACAUGCCCCCUGGCAUUGAGAGCAGCCCUGACAAAAUGCUUCAGGGCCGCCUUUUUGCCUAUCCUGACACUCACCGCCACCGCCUGGGACCCAAUUAUCUUCAGAUACCUGUGAACUGUCCCUACCGUGCUCGAGUGACCAACUACCAGCGUGACGGCCCCAUGUGCAUGCAGGACAAUCAGGGUGGUGCUCCAAAUUACUACCCUAACAGCUUUGGUGCUCCAGAACAACAGCCUUCUGUCCUGGAGCACAGCACCCAAUAUUCUGGAGAAGUGCGGAGAUUCAACACUGCCAAUGAUGAUAAUGUUACUCAGGUGCGGGCAUUCUAUGUGAACGUGCUGAAUGAGGAACAGAGGAAACGUCUGUGUGAGAACAUUGCAGGCCACCUGAAAGAUGCACAAAUUUUCAUCCAGAAGAAAGCGGUCAAGAACUUCACUGAGGUCCACCCUGAAUACGGGUCCCGCAUCCAGACUCUUCUGGACAAGUACAAUGCUGAGAAGCCUAAGAAUGCGAUUCACACCUUUGUGCAGUCUGAGUCUCACUUGGCUGCAAGGGAGAAGGCAAAUCUGUGAGGCCGGGGCCCUGCGCCUGUGCAGCGAAGCUUAGCGUUCACCUGUGUAACCCGCUCAUCACUGGAUGAAGAUUCUCAGGUGCUAGAUGCGCAAAUGCAAGCUAGUGGCUUCAAAAUAGAGAAUCCCGCUUUCCAUAGCAGAUCGUGUAACAAUUUUAAUGCUCUUUCCCCAGGGGAAAAUGAAGGUUAGGGUUUAACAGUCAUUUAAAAAAAAAUUUGUUUUGACAGUUGCUUGGAUUAUUCAUUUAAAAUGAUUAGAAGGAAAGUUUCUAGCUAGAAAUAUGAUUUUAUUUGAUAAAAUUUGUUGAAAUUAUGUAUGUUUACAUAUCACCUCAUGGCCUAUUAUAUUAAAAUAUGGCUAUAAUUAUAUAAAAAGGAAAGAUAAAGAUGAUCCACUCAGAAGUUUUUAUUUUUCUAAGGUUCUCAUAGGAAAAGCACAUUUAAUACACCAGUGUCGUCAGAAAAUAACUUGAGCACCAUCAUGGCUUAAUGUUUAUUCCUGAUUAUAAUUGAUCAAAUUCAUUUUUUUUUCACGUGGAAUUACAUUAGUGUUAAUUUGCACUGAUUUCGCAACAGAUCACUUUGUAAUUGCUUACAUUUUUACAAUAAAUAAUCCGUAUAUAAGAA